UACGGUGCAGCUGCGUUCAGCGCACGCAGAAAGGUGGCGAGGAAACACCGUGUCCGCCACACCAGCGUGAACGCCACUGGAACCGGAGCACGGACUCACACCGGGAGGCUCGUCGGGGAGGACAGAAACGAGAAUCCGUCCGAUUACAGGGACUCGGCCCUACGAGAAAACAGGCGCAACUCGCAGCUCGUCGGUACCUGGCAGCGUGUUGCAGCAGUUUUAAGCCGAAAAUGUAAAACUAUGUAGCUGGAUAGUCACUCGCUUGUUAGUUAAUAUUACCGUCACGUUCAGAUGUGUGUUUGCAUGCCGGACAUGUACUUCAGCCGCAUUCAGUAGAUCACUCGCUUCUAUUCCACGUUUGGGGCGCGCAGUCUCUCUGUCUCACGGUGGUCUUGACGGUUUCAUGCCCCAGUGAUUAGCAUUAGACAUGGGGGGUAAUUUGGGGUGUCACCGGUCGAUACCCAAAGAUCCGACGGAUUUUUGUCAGGGCAAGCGCAAGUUCAGCGCGGCGUGCAACUUCAGCCAUAUCCUGGUGAACCAGGAGCGUCUGAACAUCAACACCGCCACGGAGGAGGAGCUGAUGACCCUGCCCGGGGUGAACCGCUCGGUGUCGCAGAACAUCGUGGAGUACCGGGAGUGCAUAGGGGGCUUCAAGAAAGUGGAGGACCUGGCGCUGGUGAGCGGCGUGGGCGCAGCCAAGCUGGAGGUCAUAAAGCUGGAGAUAUGCGUCAGUAGCCGGACCAGCUCGUCCCAGCACUCGCCGUCCUCGCUGCGGAAAGACCACGAGCACCUGCCGAGCACCGGAAUGAACAUCAACACCGCCACGCCGGCCCAGCUCAUGAGCAUCCGCGGCAUCACCGAGAGGAUCGCGCACAACAUCGUGGAGUACCGCACGGCCAACGGGCCGUUCAAGAGCAUCGAGGACCUGGUGAAAGUCAACCACAUUAACUCCUCUCUGCUGGACCGCAUUAGAUUUCAGGUGUUCGUGGAGCGGUCGAGAACGCCGUCCACUAACACAAACGGCGGAUUGACGGGCACGAACAAGUCGCACCCGAGCCCGACGUCCCUCAGCCUCCAGAGUGAAGAUCUCGAUCUUCCACCUGGUGGACCGACGCAGAUCAUCUCCGUCCGGCCCAACGUGGAGCCGUUCUCUGGAAUGCGCGACGGCAAACCGGUGGUCCGGGUGGCAACCUGGAACUUGCAAUGUUGCUCGAGCGAGAAGGCGAACAACCCGGGUGUGAAAGAGGUGGUUUGCAUGACGCUGUUGGAGAACGAUAUCAAACUCCUUGCAGUUCAGGAUCUGACGGACCGAGAUGCCCUGGAGAAGUUCUGUGCGGAGCUGAAUCAGACCACCCUGCCCAGCGUUCGCAAGUGGAAGGGUCCCAGAGGGUCGUGGAAGUGUGUCGUCUCAGAGAAACCCACCGGGCAGUCCCAAAAGGGGGCGGAGUUUUCGGGGUUCCUGUGGGACAGCGCCUCCAGGAUCGAGCUGAGGGACACCCUGCUCCUGGAGAGCCCGGUCGCCAACGGCAACGGGAAGCAGGCCCACCCCCGGCCGUACCUGGCGUGCUUCGAUAUCGGGCCGUCAGAGGUGAUGGUCGCAAACGUUCACCUGAAAGGUCCGGUCCCGGCAGGCGAGCCCCAGAACGGGAAGAGCCGCUCAGGUGACCGCAAGGUGGCCCGUCUGACCAACGGGAUCCAGGAGACGCUGAAAGGGGAGAAGGCCUUGCUGCUGCUGGGAGAUUUUGGGGUGCCCCCGGACAGCGGCGAGCUGGACCUCCUGAGGAAGGAGAAGCUGAUGCCCCUGGUCCCCCCCACCGUCUUCACCAACAUCAGCACCCGCGCACCCCAGGGGUCCCACUGCCUGGACAACGUCUGGGUCAGCCGCACCCUCAAGAGGACGUACUCAGGUCACUGCUGGGUAGUGCGGGAAGGCCUGACCAACCCCUGGAUCCCAGACAGCUGGUCCUGGGGAGGAGUGGCGUCGGAUCACUGUCCCGUCGUGGCCGAGUUCUACACGGAUACCGUCGCCAAGGAGCCGACUCGAAACGGGAACGGGGUGGCAGUGGUGGAGAGGGGCGAGAUCACAUCCAAACACGAGCGGUGACACUCCGCCCGCACCCCUCACCCGGGACAGGCCUGGAAGUGACAGGAAGUGACAUCACACUGAAUCCCGUCCCCUGCUCCACUCCGGCUCUGUUAUUUUUUUGGAGCGAGAGUGAGAGGCAUUGAGAUGGCCUGUCUGGGUCAGAGACUCACGCGAUAUGUUCCCAGUGAAUAAGAGCUAUAUUAUAAAUGUAAGUGUAUAUAAUAUGGAUGUUCAAA